AUGGUCGAAUUGAGUCCCGGGCAUCGUAAUCCUUCUAAUUACCUUUUAAUAGCUUUCUAAUUUGUAAGUACUUUCUAAUUUGUACUUAAGCAUAUUUAGAAAUAUUGUUAUUACCUGGAAUAACAAUAGAGGAAUGAAAUGAUUUUAUUGGUUAUGUAUUUAUGGUAAUCAAAUAUAAAAAAGCAAUAUCCUACAAAAUAUUUAGUAUGGUGCGAUCUAUCUGUAUACGAUACGGUGUUAAGUUGAUUGCCAAAAUGAGUUCAGUGAAAAUUGUUCUUAGUGAAAAAGGAAAACAAUUGAUUGUGUUAAAUGGCUUCAAAUAUCGUUUUCACAAAUCUUUAAAGAAUAACGACAAGCGUUGGAUGUGUUGUGCGCAGACGAGAGAAAAAAGUAAAGCAUUUUUAAAAACCCAAGGUGACAACGUAGUGACGGAAAUUCGGGAUGAACACAACCAUAGCGAAUUAAACGAAGAUGCACUUAACCGCCAAAUGUUAAGUAACUCCUUAAAACGAAAGGCCGUAGAAGACAUCGGUGAAAGACCUAUGAAAAUUUUGCAGAAGGAAUUACGAAAUGGAGAUAUUAGUACCUUGACUACCAAAGACGUGGCAUUGGUUCGAAAAAAUAUGUAUAACGCCCGACGAUCUCUUCUGCCUAAAUUACCAAAAAGUAUGGAGGAAACUCAUGAUAUAUUAAAAACAUUUCCAGUGAAAACCAACAAAAACGAGGAUUUUCUAAUGGUGAACGACAUAGAAAACCAAAUUAUUAUGUUUUCCUGUAGCAGCAAUUUAGAAUUUUUAGCAGAUUUGGACACCAUUUAUAUAGAUGGAACUUUUGAAUAUUGCUUAAAGUUUUUUGAGCAAAUGUUCUCCAUCCAUGGUCUAAAAGAAGAUCAUUAUAUACCUUUGGUUUUCUUCUUAUUGCCAAAUAAACAAAAACAUACAUAUACACUGGCACUUAAAUACCUAACAGAACAAGUUGAGAAAUGCAAUAAAAAAACUCGCUUUAAGAACGGUAUUUGCAGAUUUUGAAGAAGCAAUUCAGCAAAGUGUCACUGAAGUUUGGACUAAUGUUUCAUUGAAGGGCUGCCGAUUCCAUUUAGGACAAUCCUGGUGGCGCAAAAUUCAGGCACUAGGUUUAACAUCCUUAUACAAAGACAAAGAGAGUGAUGUAGGAAAAUAUUUAAGAUACUGCUUUGGAAUGCCAUUUCUCAACCCAGAAGAUGUAGGAGAUUGUUUUGUUGAAGCUUUAUCAUCAAUACAGCCACAAAAUCAUAGAAUAGUAGAAUUUGCGGACUAUCUGGUCGAUAAUUAUGUCUCAGAAUCGGCUGAGUUUCCGCCAGAAUUUGGGCGGAGAUGUCAAGCAGUUUACAACGGACGACGAACGCAUGUGAGAGUUUUCAUUCCAGGUUUAACUCGUCAUUUUAUUUUGCUCAUACUCAUAUUUUUCAAUUUUUAACAGUUUUAAUAGACUUUCAAAGUGAAACGUAUGUUAAAAUUAGAAGUGUACAAAAAAAAGUAAAAAAAAUUAUUCUGCACAAACCCUUACAUCAAAAAAAUUUAUAGAUGAACAAAUUUUAAAAUUAAAUAAUAGAUUAAUAUCAAAAUUUGAUUACCUCAAAAGUGUAGGUGAAAAAUUUAGAAUAGUUAAAUA